AUGACUACUGAUAUAAAAAAGGACCCUCUAGAGUUCGCAGCGGGUACUGAACUUUCUGCAAUUAAUCCAGUCCACCCAAACCCCUUCCUCGUUGCCUUCAAUGAUCUCGACAGUGAUAACCCCAAGAACUGGCCAGAGAAGCGCAAAUGGGCCAUGACGAAUGUCCUCUCAGUGACCGGGUUUAACCGAAUCCUUGUCUCAACUGUCAUGGCUCCCGCGCUCUCAAUAAUCGCCAAAGACUUGGACAUGACCGCGACUCAAUCGGUCAUGGCUUUGAGUGUUUAUCUGUUAGCCACUGCAUUCGGUCCCCUCUUCAUUGGCCCCUUGUCUGAAGUAUAUGGCCGGAAGAAUAUCCUGCAUGUAUCCAAUAUCUGGUUCCUUGUUUGGAAUGUCGCGUGCGGCUUUGCCAAUACCAAAGAAUUACUCAUCGGUGCUCGAUUCCUCGCUGGCUUUGGAGCAAGCGCUGUUUAUGCUCUUGGGGGUGGUGUUCUGGGUGAUAUCUGGCGUCCAGACCAGCGUGGCAGGUCACUUGGCUGGUUUUUGGUUAUUCCAUUGUUGGGUGCUGCAGUUGGUCCCAUUAUUGGUGGUUUCAUGACCGACCGAGUAUCUUGGAGGUGGAUGUUCUGGUCUACUUCAUUAUUCCAAGUUGCAAUGGCUGCCCUUUCUUUCACCACAUUUCGUGAAACAUACGCGCCGGCAAUUCUAAACCAGCGAGCCAAGAAGCUACGCAAGGAAACGGGCCAACCGUACUACACACAUGAGGAGCGAACUCAAGAGCAAAGGUCCCCGGUCAAAAUCCUUAGCCAAGCAAUGAGCCGUCCGCUACGCCUUCUUACACGCCAUCCCAUCAUCCAAGUCGCCGCCAUUAUUUCCGCUGUUGACUAUGGACUUCUCUACAUUGUCCUCACCAGCUUUGGAGAGCUUUGGUCUCAGCAUUACCAUCAAUCUGUCGAGAUCUCUGGCUUGCAUUACAUCGCUUGUGCCUUGGGUGAGCUGCUCGGGGCACAAAUCGGUGCACCUUUGAUGGACUACUGGUACCGAAGAAUGGAGCACCGCGGUGGUGGUCAGCAUUUGCCAGAGUAUAGAGUACCUCUCAUGCUAAUGGGCGCCUUUGUUGCACCGGUUGGCUUCAUCGUAUAUGGCUGGUGCGCCGAGUACACAGUUCAUUGGAUCUGGGUGGACGUGGCCAUGUUCAUUACCAUGACUGGUAUGCAGUUCUCAGGAAUGCCUUUGCAGGCAUAUAUGAUGGAUUCCUACCCCGACCACACUUCUAGUGCGAUUUCAGCGCAACAGUUUCCUCGGAGCUUGGCUGCCUUCUUGUUCCCCCUGUUCACGCCACAGAUGUAUGCUUCUCUGGGUUAUGGGUGGGGGAAUAGUGUUUUGGCUUUUGCGCUAUUGGCCUUGGGAGUGGCGGCGCCGUUGUUGUUGUGGAAAUAUGGUGCCAGGCUACGAGCAAAGGCAACUUCAAGUCUUUAA